GUUGCCAUAGUGAUAUCAGCAUUACCAUAUAUGGGGAGAUCGCUUCCUCAUAUUGUGUUGACGAUCGUGAGCCAGUUAUGUCGUAACAUAGAGCAGUUGGCCAGUCUCUACUCAGACCAAGGCAGCUUUUCAGGAUCAACUGAGUUAGAGAAAGUCCCUGCAGACCAUGUGGCUACAAUGUUGGAGAACCUGACCAUAAUAUGUCAUUAUUGCAUACUGGACAGCACUCAGAGGGUUUCAAUAGGUACUCCAAUGCCUACUGACAUAGGCAGCAUCAUCACCUCAGGAAGUUCUGCUACGCAAAUCAUAGGCAACCUUAUACAUGUGUUCAACCCUAUAGGAGGCGCAAGGGAGCCGAGUCCCCCUAAGGAUGCAGUUGGAGGAGUCUCACCUGUAAUGGAGGCCAGGAGAAGACUAUUG